CCAAAUUUAUAUUUUUCAUUUUUUUCAUAGUGGUUCUGAUAAUUAUUAUGUCUAAGCUGGCGAUAGAAAAUUUCUUCUGGAAUUUUAUUGGUAACAAAACAGAUUCGAUGAAUCCGGACGAUGUUUUAGAUAUUUAGCUUAUCGUCUUCACCUGUUUGCGCAUUUCCUAAUGAUCGUGAGAGAGAUGUUCUUCUACGACGCUCCCCUUCGAGACUUCAAGGGUCAAUCGAAGCCAAAGAGGUUCUUGCUCGCGGUCCAGUGUGUGUUUCCAGUUAUCGAGUGGGCGAGAGAAUACAAUCUGGGCAAACUCCAAGGCGAUAUCAUCGCCGGUCUUACCAUUGCAAGUCUUUGUAUUCCUCAGGAUAUUGCCUAUGCAAAGCUCGCAAAUUUGGAUCCAAAAUACGGACUUUAUUCGAGCGUUGUACCACCAUUGGUGUAUGCGUUCAUGGGGAGUUCGAGAGAUAUAGCCAUUGGACCAGUGUCCGUGGUGUCUCUGCUGCUCGGAACUAUGCUUCAAGACGUGAUCGACCCCGUCAAACAUCCGCGUGAGUAUCGCCGCCUCGCUUUCACCGCCACUUUCUUCGCUGGAAUUGUCGAAGCCAGUCUCGGAUUCUUCCGGUUAGGGUUCUUGAUAGAUUUUCUGUCACAUGCGGCGGUGGUAGGGUUCAUUGGAGGAGCUGCCAUCACAAUCGCUCUCCAACAGCUUAAGGGUUUUCUCGGAAUCAAGAAAUUCACCAAGAAAACCGACAUUGUCUCUGUUCUUCACUCUGUCUUCUCUGCUGCUCAUCAUGGUUGGAAUUGGCAAACUAUAGUCAUCGGAGUCUGUUUCUUGUCUUUCCUCCUUGUCGCCAGAUACGUCGGAAAAAGAAACAAGAAACUAUUCUGGGUCCCGGCAAUAGCUCCCCUUACUUCGGUUAUUAUCUCGACUUUCUGUGUCUACAUAACUCGUGCAGACAAAAAAGGAGUUCAAAUUGUGAAACACAUCGAUCAAGGAAUCAAUCCGUCUUCGGUUCACGAGAUUUACUUCACCGGAAAUUAUGCCACCCAUGGAAUUCGAAUCGGAGCCAUCGCCGGUAUGAUCGGCCUAACGGAAGCAGUGGCGAUAGGAAGAACAUUUGCAGCGAUGAAGAACUAUCAAAUUGACGGUAACAAGGAGAUGAUUGCAUUGGGGACAAUGAACGUUGCCGGUUCAAUGACUUCAUGUUACAUCGCCACUGGAUCGUUUUCGCGUUCAGCGGUCAACUACAUGGCGGGAUGCCAAACGCCGGUCUCGAACAUAGUGAUGUCAGUGGUGGUUCUCCUAACGCUGUUGUUCAUAACGCCUCUCUUCAAAUACACCCCAAACGCGAUUCUUGCGGCCAUCAUCAUAUCGGCGGUUCUCGGUUUGAUCGAUUUCGAAGCCGCCCUUCUCAUCUGGAAGGUCGAUAAACUCGAUUUCUUAGCCUGUAUGGGAGCUUUCUUCGGUGUCAUCUUCGUCUCUAUCGAGAUUGGUCUCUUGAUGGCCGUUGUGAUAUUUUUCGGAAAGAUUCUAUUACAAGUGACGAGGCCGCGAACAGCUGUUCUUGGGAAGAUUCCACGAACGAAUGUGUAUCGCAACAUCCAACAGUAUCCUGAAGCCUCCAAGAUUCCCGGAAUCUUGAUCAUCCGGGUUGAUUCCGCUAUCUAUUUUUCCAACUCCAACUAUGUCAGAGAAAGGACAUUAAGAUGGUUGGUAGAAGAAGAGGAAAAUGCCAAAGAGGCGGACUUACCGGCAAUCAAAUUCCUGAUAAUUGAGAUGUCACCUGUAACGGACAUCGACACUAGUGGCAUACAUUCCUUACAAGAAUUUCGCCAGAGUCUCAAGAAGAAAGAAAUUCAGCUUAUUCUUGCGAAUCCGGGACCGGUGGUGACGGAGAAGCUUCAUUCCUCGAAGUUUGCCUACGAGAUCGGAGCGAAAAACAUCUUCCUCACAGUCUCCGACGCUGUGGCCGCCUGUGCCCCGAAUUUGGCUCACGAUCUAGCUUAAUAUUAAUCUCUACGAAUAUAAUUCAUACAUACACACAUAUACAUAUGUGUAUGUGUGUGUGUGUGUGUUUAUAUGAGAGAGAUGAAACGAAGAUUGGUUUGGGAAA